UUUUUUUUGUGUGCUCAUCAAUGGCGGAUUUAGAGAGCCCAAAUGUGAUGCCAAAACUCAUCACCUUCCUCUCUUCUCUCCUCCAAAGGGUAGCUGAAUCGAACGAUCUCAACCGUCGAUUCCAAACCCAGAAAAUCUCUGUCUUUCAUGGCCUUACAAGGCCAACUAUCUCAAUUCAGAGCUACUUGGACAGAAUUUUCAAGUAUGCAAAUUGUAGCCCUUCAUGCUUCAUUGUUGCGUAUGUUUAUCUUGAUCGGUUCACUCAACGACAACCCGCGUUGCCAAUUAAUUCCUUCAAUGUUCAUCGGUUGCUCAUCACUAGUGUCAUGGUUGCUGCAAAAUUCAUGGAUGAUAUGUACUACAAUAAUGCUUUUUAUGCUAAAGUUGGUGGAAUUAGCACAACAGAGAUGAACUUUCUUGAGGUAGAUUUCCUAUUUGGAUUGGGUUUCCACUUGAAUGUGACCCCAAACAGUUUUCACACCUACUGUUCUUACCUCCAGAGAGAGAUGUUGUUGCAGCCUCAUGUAAACAUGGCAGAAUCAUCCUUGUCCACAGAAAGAUCACCAAAGCUCCACUUGUGUUUCAAUGAAGAUGAAUCCUCUCAUCAACAACAGCAACUAGCUGUUUAGGCUUCAAGGAAGCUCUAAAUGUGUUUAUAGGGAGCAAUGGCCUCUAAAUGUUUGGCCUAAGCGUCAUGAGUUCAAGUAACGGAAACAAUCUUUCUGCAUGCGUGACAAGACUGCGUAUGUUGAACCCUUCCAAAAUCUCAGAGUGGUGGGAAACUCUUCUGUUGAGUUGGUAAAUUGAGUCCAUCAAUGUACUAAACCAUUGUUUCUAUGUUCUAGUUUUUUUUAUUACUUUCUGGCAGAUGGGUGUUUCUUCUUUCCAGUGUGUCCAGGCAAAUAUCUUUUGUGACAUUAACUUCUUGUAGAUUCUUUGUUCAUCUCCAAUUUAAAAGAUUCUACACCUUUACUAGG